AUGACGAACUACGACAACAACUACGAGACUGGGGAAAUCCGGAACUGGGACACGACUACAGCAGCAGCCGGCCGGUUCGAGACCAAAUCGCGGACGACCGCCAACCUGGCCGAGGCCCUCCGAGCGCCGGGCACCUCCCCCUACAUAUACGCCGACGACACGGCAGUUCUAUGCUCGGGCAACACCAUUGAGGUGGCGAGAGGUCGAGCGCAGACAGCGGCAGACGCCCUCGUCGCGUGGGCUCACCACAACAAGAUGCUGGUCGCCGGGGAGAAAACCCAACUACUGGUGCUCUCCCAGAACGCCCGAGACGCCGUCCGAGGCACCAUCAAGGUGGCAGGAAAGACGGUGCAGGCGAAAGACACCCUAGUCCUCCUCGGCAUAGAGCUCGACCGCCGCCUCCAGUUCGGUGCCCACUGUCGCCGUCUCCGGAAACGAGUUCGCCCCCGGCUGGCUCACCUGCGCCGCCUCGGCGGACGCAGCUGGGGCCUGGACGAGGUUGCCCUGAGGACGGUGGCCAACGGCUACGUCCGCGGGGCGCUCGAGCACGCCGCCGCCGCGUGGCUGCCGGCGGCCGCCCCCUCGCACGUGGAGCACCUGGAGCGGGAACUGCGGGGGGCGGCCCGCAUCAUCACCGGGUGCCCACGAUCAACACCGACCCACGCGCUGAUGGCGGAGGCUCGACUAGCCCCGAUGGAGGAGAGGGGAUGGACGUUGGCCGCCAGGCUGCUGGGAAGGGCGCUCGCCCUGCCGCCGGGGGACCCCCUGCUCGCGACCGCCGAGGCCUCGGCGCCGGCGCGCCUGGCCUCAGUUCGGGGGUGGAGAGAGCGGGGCCGCCUGGCCUGGGAGAAGGCCGGAGUCGCGCUGCCGGUGGAGCCGGUGCUCCCCCCUCGGAUACCGCCGUGGCGGCGGACAUCAGGCGUCACCUUCCGGAUGGACGUGGGCCCCCUCCGGGCCGGCGCCGCGGCGGCGGAAAGAGAGCGCGCGGCCGCCCUGCACCUCGCGUCCCUGCCGCAGUGCGCCGUCUGGCUGUGGACGGACGGGUCCGCGGCGGGCGGAGUCUCGAGGGGCGGAGCUGGGGCCGUGCUGGUCUGGCCGGAUGAAGAGACCGAGGAGCUGCGGGUCCCGGCCGGACAGCUAUGUUCCAGUUACCGCGCAGAGAUGGUAGCGCUGGUGACCGGCCUGGAGACCCUAACCCAAAGAGACAGAGACCAGGACCUGCCUAUCGUGGUCUGCACGGAUAGCCUCUCAGCAGUGGCGACCCUGCGCAACGGCCCGGCCGCCCAGACCUCCCCGCUGGGGGUAGCGGCUUGGAGAGCCAUGUUCGCCCUCUCGGAUAAUGGCCGGAAGAUCCACGUCCAGUGGGUCCCCUCGCACUGCGGUGUGGAGGGUAAUGAGCGAGCCGACAGAGUGGCCCGAGAGGCCGCGGAACUACCACAAGACAGCGUGCGUGCAGACAUCAGGACAAUCACCCGAGCGGUGGCUAGGGCCGCCCGCGACGACACGGUCCGGGCCUGGCCCCCCGGCUGGUUCCGGUCGCUGAUGGGGGGCCGAUUCCCCCCACCGGUGGCGGGGCUGGACCGGGAGCGCGCGGUGGACGUCCACCAGCUGCGAGCCGGGCACUGGUCGGGCUCCAGGGCCUACCUGCACAGGAUCGGGGCCGUUCCCUCUGUGGGAUGUGAGGGCUGCCGCGACGAGGGCUGUGUGGCGGCCCGCUGCCCCCUGUGCAAUGAGGAGCCUGACACGCCGGCACACGUGCUGCUGAGAUGUCCGGCGCUGAUGCGACUGAGACAUUCAACCCUGGGUCACAUCCAUCCCAGGCUGGAGGAGGUCCGGGAGACCUCAGUGGUGGCGGCCCUGGCGGCCGCCGCCAGACGCUUCCAGAGCCGCCUGGCUAUGCUCCCGUGA